AUGUCUUUGUCUUCUUCAUCCCCGUCGUCCCAUGGCAAAACAACCAUAUGGAAAGAAGCUUUACCAGUACGCUCAACAUCAGACUCCCAUGCAUCGACCAUAGAAUCACCUACCCUCUCGACCACGGAAAGCCAUCCGGGUCCGAGAGCCCGUUCAAGCACAAGUCCUGAUGGUCGUUUGUCCGCCUCGUUCUCCACCAGGCUGAGUGCCCGUAAUACUCAAACCCCUCCGCUUCACCUCCAUCUCCCAUCGGCUGCUGUAAGAGUGUCACGUUCUCCGGGAACACUGCCUACUCUCGCAGAGUCCCCAUCAAGAAAACCCUCAGCGCCUAUUGAUAUACCUGCGAGGAAAAAAGCGGAAGGUCAGGUUUCACGCCCAACCACGCCCUUGACAGCACGGGCACCGCAAGGAGAGUACUUUACAUCUUGGCACAAAACUGAACCUCGGAUUAGCGAGUCCUUGACCCCAUAUUACUCUUCGCGCGCAAAGAAAACUUCCGCAAGUCGAGACCCUUCAGCUGCGCCGAGGGGUUUUGCAGCAAUGAGUCCGAGGUCGGAAUCGUCCCAGUGCAGACCCUCUUCUCCCCUCUCCCCCAAAAUGUCUGUCCCCUUACCUUCGAUCAACAGCAGCCAGAAAGCUAGGGCGCCAGCGCAAGGCUACAAUGUGGCUGGGCUCCCCAAAUACCACCCAGCAAACUUUCCGUCAAGAGACCACAGUCCGGCUCCUCCCUCACCUCUAAGCUCACGCUCAAUCACCUUGCAGCCACGUUCUGGCCUUGGUUCGGAUGCCAAACAACAGCUUCUACAAUAUCGGCGAGACCUGAUCAACAAUACAGCAAAAACCUCUCGCUCUCUACUCUCGUCAAGCGUCAGCUCCAAGCCAAGCCCCCCACGACUUAAUCCUCUCAGGAGUCCUGGUGGACUGAUGACACCACUCACGUUAGAAGGUGCUGGGGAUUACUUCGGAACUAGUUCCUUGCCUGCCGGAUUCAAGGAGGGAGAUGGGAGAGAGAUUGUGGAGCGUCAGGUUCAACGGAAAAACGAGAGGUGGAAAGAUCCAGAGGCAAGAUCAGGAAGCGUCAGUCCGGCCCUGAGCCUUAGCCCCACUGUGAGUCCAGCUGGCGGGCGAGGGUGA